UAAUAUUUACUUUGUAUCCAGGGACCAAAAUCACCUGGAGUUUGGCUUUGUGUGUGUGUGUGCGCGCGCGCGCGUGUAUAUAUAUGUGUGCGUGUGUGUGUGCGCGCUAGUUUGGUUGUUUGUGUCGCGGCGAGUAAACAAAAACAAACAAACAAACAAAUCAUCCAACAACGUCUACGGUGUGCAAACGAAGCCAAACCGCCAGGUGUCACAUUAAAAUGGCGUUCAUUUUCAAACGAAACGCGCAGUUUGAGACGAACACAGGAGACUUUAUAAGACUUUAUAAGACGUUAUAGCACCGACCGCUAGCAGCGAGCAGUUUUAUGGACAUGCACGAAGGUCUUUUCUGUACGUUUUGAAUUAAAAUCCGCGCUCGUUACAGGACGCUGAGCUUCUGCAGAGUCUUCAGCAGCUCUGAACCUUUUCCGCACGUGUUCACUUCAGCCGGAGACACAAAUCAGCGCACAUCCAGCGCUUUAGCACCGACUUCAGCUCUGGUCCUUAAACCGCAUUUAAUCCAAACACCGCUGAACAAAACUGUCUGUCUGUAAACUGCACGUUUUCUGGAGUCCCGAAACUUCUCCUAACAGCUCGAAAGCGUCAGAAUCGUCAGCAUUUCGACGUGAAAGUUGACUGGUGACUAAAUUAGUGUGUGACAAGUCUGCCGGCAGAAGGCUUUGGAAGAAGCGGUCCAUCUUGAUCUUCUCCACUUGCGCCCGAAGGCCCCUUUUCUGACAGCUCUUUGAUGUUCAACCCCUCACAGUGCAGUGGUGCAUUUUGAUUGGCAGGAUGAAAUGUGAGACUUUUCGAAACAUCUGAUGAAGAACGAGAAGGCUAAACUCCAAGAGCUGUAACCGAAGACGGCUUGAAGCGAGCGAGUCCUUGGAAGAAGGCCUUUAAGUCAUGAUGCAAGAAGCGGGAACAGCGGAGGCCACGAGCAACGGAACAGCCAAACAGAACGGGGUGGCAGCUGAACUCGGGCUUCGAGACAUACGGUCCAAGAGUGCCACACCUUCCUCUGACAUCACAGCCACUAACCUCAUGACCCUUCAGCAGCAACAGGCUCUACAGGUUGCAAGGCAACUCCUUCUCAAGCAGCAGCAGCAGCAGCACCAAAGCGGUGCUAUUAAGUCUCCUAAAAGCAACGAGAAGCAAGCUGCACUGCAGGUGCCAGUGUCAGUGGCUAUGAUGACUCCGCAGGUGAUAACUCCUCAGCAAAUGCAGCAGAUUCUCCAGCAGCAAGUCCUGAGCCCUCAACAGCUCCAAAUCCUCUUGCAGCAGCAACAGGCCCUGAUGUUACAGCAGCAGCAACUUCAGGACUUCUAUAAGAAGCAGCAAGAAUCACUCCAGCUCCAACUUCUUCAACAACAACAUGGCAGCAAACAGCACAGCAAGGAGGUUUCUACACAGCAGUUGGCGUUUCAGCAGCAGCUCCUUCAGGUUCAGCAGCUGCAGCAGCAGCACCUGCUCAGUCUACAAAGACAAGGCCUGCUGUCCAUCCAAGCAAACCAGAAUCUGCCUCUGCACUCUCUCACUCAGGGCGUGAUUCCAGCUGAGCUGCAGCAGCUGUGGAAGGAGGUAACGGGCACACACGUGAAGGAGGAGUUCAGUGGCAGAAACAACGGCCACCGUGGCCUGGACCUGUCCUCCGCCUCGCCCGUGCCUCCAAAGAGCAGCCACCUCAACCAGCACGCUACGACCAACGGCCAGUACAGCAGCCAUGCACUCAAGAGAGAGAGCUCGGCGCCGGACGAGCACACGCACCACAGCCACCCGCUCUACGCACACGGCGUGUGUAAAUGGCCAGGAUGCGAAGCGGUGUUCGAUGACUUCCAGUCUUUCCUCAAACACCUGAAUAACGAGCAUGCGUUAGACGACCGGAGUACGGCCCAGUGCCGGGUGCAAAUGCAAGUAGUUCAGCAGCUGGAACUGCAGUUAGCAAAAGACAAAGAACGUCUGCAAGCUAUGAUGACUCACCUACAUGUCAAGUCCACAGAGCCCAAACCCACCCCGCAGCCUCUCAACCUGGUUUCCAACGCCACACUGUCCAAGACGGCCCCCGGCGCAUCGCCGCCCCUCAGCCUGCCUCAAACACCAACCACUCCCACCACCCCACUCACACCGCUCUCCCAGGCCCACUCGGUCAUCACACCCACCAGCCUGCACAGUGUCGGACCCAUUCGCCGACGCUACUCAGACAAAUACAGCAUGCCCAUAUCGCCAGGUAGCUCACUGUUUAAUUACAGACCGAAUAUUGGCCAAAACAAGGAGUUCUACAUGAACACAGACGUGCGCCCUCCCUUCACAUACGCAUCAUUAAUACGCCAGGCGAUACUUGAGUCACCAGAAAGACAGCUAACACUAAACGAGAUAUACAACUGGUUCACGCGAAUGUUUGCAUAUUUCAGGCGGAAUGCAGCGACCUGGAAGGGUGCUGUGCGCACCAACCUCUCCCUACACAAGUGCUUUGUAAGAGUCGAGGACGACUUUGGGUCCUUUUGGACCGUAGACAACGAAGAGUUUAAAAGGGGCCGCCACAUUCAGCGAGGUCGCCCCCGGAGACACGGAGUCGACAACAACAACUAUGACGAGCUACUUGUACAGAGUCCUGCUCUAGUAAAAAAUAUUCAGACCAGUUUGGGAUACGGUCCUGUCCUCCCGGCUACCUUCCAGGUAAUUCACCAAGCUUCAAUGGCUGAAAACAGCAUACCUCUAUACACUACCGCUUCCAUCGGAAGCCCCACUCUUAACUCGCUUGCCAAUGCUAUCCGAGAGGAGAUGAAUGGGGCCAUGGACCACGGCAACAGCAACGGUAGUGACAGCAGUCCCGGUCGCUCCCCUCUUCCAGCUAUGCAUCACAUUAACAUUAAAGAAGAACCACUGGACCCCGAGGAGCACGAAGGGCCACUCUCCUUAGUGACAGCCAAUCACAGUCCAGAUUUUGAUCACCAUAGAGAUUAUGAGGACGACCAUGGGAACGAGGACAUGCUGUGAGGCUGCUUUCCCUCGGGUCCUCUCCAAAGGGGCCAAACUUAAACUGAAAUCAUCUGUGAGACCACUCCCAACCUAGCAAGUCGGACUGGAUUCCCAGUCCCUUUUGUUGACAGCUAUAAAAAAAAAUAAAAUAAAAAAAAAAAAUCCAAUUUACUCUUAGUGCCAUUAAUCAUGAGAUAUACAUGAGAUAAGGAAAAAAAACUAUUCCAUUUGGGAGUAUUUUUCAGUUGUUUUUACUUUUUUGGGUUAAAGACAAAGACCAAGCACGUAAUUUCUACUUGCGUCCAGUAAAGGAGCCAUUUGGUACUGGGGGACUACUACUUCACAUCGCCUGUCCUGGUGGCACCGAGGCCAGAGCGGACACGAACGAGGAAAACGCACGCAGAGAAAAGACUGCCACUUUUCCCCUUCGAAGUUCAACACUGAUUUACAAACUACAUAAGAGUGCACACUUGAACCAUUAGCCCCCAAACAGACAGUGAUGCAGAGCAUAUGGGCGCGAGUGGACGUGAUUUCAGUUCAAUGACACUGCCUUCAAACCAACUUGGGUUGCUUCCAACCUCAGUGUUGCCUCCAAACUCAGUCCGAUGUUUUGAUGGCAAAUAAUACAACGUUGUUGUUUUUUUUUUCUUUUUUUUGUCCUCCUGAUUUGUCCCAUGCUCUUAUUUGCUAUAUUAUUUGACUUUGUUUUCUGUACCUGAUCAGACCUCAUGCUCAUUGUUGUAGAGACUCUGUACGAUCUGCACUUCAUGAUGAAUGUCUAUAGUUUCUUGCCAUGAUGUUUCAUUUCUCUUUUUUUCCUUUCCAUUAUUUAAUGGGAAACAGAAUGUCAAAUUUUUACCAUGUAGUAUUUUCUGUCAUUUAUUCCACAUUUCAGAUCACCAUCACAUUGUCACAUUGCUCACUCUCUCUCUCUGUCUGUCUCGCUCUCUCACACACACACACACACACACACAAACGCAGACACAUUCACACAGUCCAUCUGCAUAUGCACUCCUCGUAAUGAAGGCUUUCUCUACGCAUCAAUGAAGUUUAAUUUUCACAAGGGAAUGAAUGACAGAGAAAUCAACGCAGGUUACGACUUGUCCUUCUGAAAUCCCCUUUCGUUGCAGCUGUUCGUGUUAGCUGCAGACCAAAUCACUGCUCGAAACACUGGUGCGAAAGUGGGGAAAAAAAUUAAAUGUCAGAAUACAAUGAAGCCGUGGCAGAGAUAAUUUUUCUCUCUCUCCUUUUUUUUUUUUCCCCCCACACAUUCUGUAAUUUAUGGACUGUCGGGUUAAGGUUAGAGGACUUUAAAGUGCAUUCUCUGUUGUUUUAAUGUCUUGUUUGCCCACAUCAAUGACCAGCCCUCCCCCCUCUCUCUUAUUAGCAGUUGUUAGUAAUUACACUUGAGAUAAAAAGGUUUAAGGGAUUACAAGCCACGGUUGGCAUUAGAAGCCAUGACCACUAAGCAUUACAGCAUCAGGGGCAGCUCACUAUGACCACAUGUUUCCUGCCACAUUACCUUGGAAACCAGAAUGAAGUCAAUUUCAGGCUCACAUUAAAAACAUCCACGGUACAGCGUCAGGGAUGGGGAAGGGGAGGAAGGGGACACCGGGUGGGGUGUAAGGGUGCUGGGCAGCCAAAAAAGCAAAACGUUUCCAAUCUGUAACUCCGAGAAGAGAAUUAGAAGCGGCUUAACCAAAUUUUUUUUUUGCAACUUGAUUCAUCACUGCAACCCCAACCACUUUUUAAUUUAUUGCUUCUUUUUAUCAUUCCUUUUUUUUUUUUUUUUUUAAAUCUUUCUUCUUGUUUUUGUGUUGUUGACAUGUCUGUUACCGGUGGCUACCAAAGAUAAAUGACGAGUAAAAGAAGAAAAAAAAAAACUGUUCUAUGUUCCAUGCAAUAGCAAAACAAGGCCAAAUAUCCUCCCCGUUCAGUGCAAAAGAGGGAUAAGAACAGCAGAAGGGGUUUCGGUGAAUAAACGAGUGAGCUGUUCAACUUUGCUGAAGCCAAAGGGGUUGUUUAAGGGGCAGCUGCAAGGGUUAUUUUCGGUUUGUUUGUUUUUUUGUUUGUUUGCUUUUUUUUGCCUUUGACCAAAUGGGAAAUGGAAGUGAAUGGGUUGAAUCAGCCAUGUCAUGUCAUGUCAUGUCAUAUCAUAUAUAAGCGCUAUUCUCUCUGCAUUAAGCUGAGAUUCAAAUAAAAGAACGUCUGACUUUGUAAAAGUGUCUGGAUUAAGUAUAAAGGGUAGUAAAUGUAAUACAGGAUAGAGGGAAAGGAUUUAAAUAACAGUCGUGGACCACACUUGUUUUUGUUUCUGGUUUUAAUCCUCUGAUUAGAUUGUACGCCACUUACUCUGUGAAUCCAGUUUGGGUUUUUUUUUUACCCCUUCAUUUGUUAAACACUGCAAAUGCUUUAUGAUUGUGUUUUAAGUUCUGUGUACUUUUUAUAUCACUUCUUUUUUUUCUUUUUUUUUACAUUAAAACCAAACACUCCUGUCAACUAAUAAGCUGGGUACAAGGUACUUUAAUGGCAGUUUGUUUAUUUUUAUUUUCAUGAUAAACUCAUUUACUAUAGACAAAAAAAAGGGAACGAUUCGGGUUCACAGAAAAGAAACCACGAGAGACGGGCAGCUGUUGAUGGGCUGGAAGCAGUCGGUGUGUGAAAGACAUGCGCUCAUCGUGCGUUAAUCCAAAUCUCUUAGCAGUAAAGUGGGAGAAAGAGGAUAAGCAGGUAGAUAAGAUCAUCUUCCGCAUGUGUAGCUCAACAUUACUAAAGUGAAGCAGCAUGAGAAAACUGUUAGUACGCAUACCUCAGUUCAGACCUAUAGGGAAUGAUUAAACAAAGAGAAAAAAGAAAAAAAAAAGAUCCAUUUCACUCUGUUGCACUUAGUUGUAUGUCCUGCAUGUUUAGUCUAAAACUGUAGCAAAUGAUAUUUUAAGAAAGAGUUUAAAAAAGAAAAAAAUGAUAUAAAAAUGCAAAAAACCUACUUGUUUAUCUUGAAGGCCUCAUGUUUCUUUUUGUGUUUUAAAAACCAAUCCAAACCUCAGGCCUUUUUUCCCCUUCUCUUCUUCUUUUUUUCCCCUUAAAGAAAAGUCACAAAUCUUUCUGGAACGUUUUUGAGGCAUGUGGUAUACCGUCUUAGACGCCUUCACGUGUGUGGGCUUUUAUUCCCAUAGGUUGUACAGUACAUACACCACAUUAUAUCCUUGUGUGCUUUCUUGUUUCUUUUCUUUCUUUCUUUCUUUCUUUCUUUCUUUCUUUCUUUCUUUCUUUU